AGAUAGCUGAUAACCGUCGACAUUUACAAGUAUCUGCUACUAAUUAUAUAAUUUGUUUAUAGUUAACAUUGCGUUAUAGUGGACGUGUUAUAGCGUCGAUUUGUGAUAAAAUUUGUUUCGUGUAUACAAAUAUGAAGACAAUAAAAAGCUAUUCUAUUGAUGGCAGAACACUAAAACUUGUAUUUGAUGAUGGCUUAUCGAUAGAUUACGAAGAUUGUUGGCUUCGAGAUCAUUGCAGAUGCACAGCAUGUUUUCACAAAGACACAAACCAAAGAGCUCAACAUCUUUUGAAUAUACCUGAUGCUACUUUUGUGAAAGUUUCAAUUACUGAAGAUUCAAAACUUUUCAUUCAAUGGAGUGAUAAUCACAAAUCGAGUUAUAUUCCUGAUUUCUUAGUACAAUUCGACUACAAAACGUGGUGUAAUAAAAGGAAAGCUACACCAAAACUAUGGCGAGGUUCUGAAGUUGCCACGAGAGUUGCCAGAGUUUCGGCUGAUCAAUUUAUUAAUAGUACUGACGGAGCCAAACUGGUAUUUCAGUCAUUGCUCGAUUAUGGAGUUGUUUUCAUUGAACAAGUGGAGCCAACACCAGAUGCAAUAGAAGUAAUCGGUAAAGCACUGGGAGGAGUGCAGAACACUUUCUUUGGUGGUAUCUGGAAAGUAACCUCAACCGCGGAACACGCUGACACAGCAUAUACUAAUAUCACAUUAAAACAACAUACUGAUAACACAUACUUCACGGAACCAGCUGGUCUACAAAUGUUUCACUGCACCGAGCACUCAAACGGGACGGGCGGAGAAAAUGUUUUUGUGGACGGCUUCUAUGCUGCAACUAAAUUGAAAGAAGAGCACCCUGAAGACUUCGACUUCCUAACCAAGUUUGAAGUGGAGGCAGAGUUCAUAGAAGAAGGUCAUUUCCAUAAAUGUUCUGCACCAGUUAUACAGCUGGAUAGGUUCAAUGAUAUCAAGCAAAUAAGAUUUAAUUCCUACGAUCGUACUCCAAUGGCAUUUGCUAAUGCUGACGAAUGCAGAGCAUAUUAUCGAUCCUUACGAAACCUAGCGAAAUAUUUUGAAGAGAGCGCAAACCAAUGGCAGAUUAAAUUGAAACCGGGUUUUAUAUUGGUGUUUGACAACUUCAGAGUGCUGCACGGCAGGACUGCGUUUACAGGAAAACGAGUGCUAUGGGGUUGUUACGUUUCACGUGCUGAUUGGUUGGACAAAGCUCGCACACUGGGCCUUAUUUGUUAA